GUGCGGCUGGAGGAGACGGGGGAGAUAUUCCGCGUGGCAAAUUGCCGCGGCGACAUGACAGUGCGGGAGCUCAAAGAGGAACUGGACCUGAUGGUCGGCAUCCCCUUCAACCUCCAGCGGCUCCAAUACCUCGACGAAGGAGUUUUGAUGGAUGACACUACCCUGAAGUUCCAUGAUGUUGUUCCUGGAGGGAUUAUUUCAUUAUGUAUCUGGCGUCAUGACGGAUGGACAGAACUUGUUUUGGCGGCUGCGGAAGGGGAUCCCAGCAAGCUAUCCUGUCUCGGGGUUACUGAAGAUUCCUUCUACCGAACUGCCAAUUCAGAACAUUUUGAGGGUGAGAAGUGGAAGCAGUGGACGUCUCAGAGGGCAUUUGUGGCGUUGUAUGUGGCCUCACACAGAGGUCACUCUGAUGCUGUGCAGUACCUUCUAGAACACGGAGCCAGCUGCCUCAGCAGAUCCCCCCUGGGCAGGACACCCCUGCAUGUGGCUGCAGCAACGGGUCGGUCAGACUGUAUAAGCCUUCUGCUCCAGCACGGGGCCUCCAUCCAUGACAAAGAUGCCAAAGGGGAGACCCCCAUCUCCAUUGCACACCGCCUGAACCACAUACAGAGUGAGCGGCAGAUGUUCCUCCUCCACCAGAUAGCGAAGUCAGGGAUACGGGAUCUUAACGACUUGGUCAUGAAGAAUGCUUUGCAGAGGAUCAAGUCUGGGUUUAGGUCUAAGGUGACGAUGAUGACCCCUCAUUAG